AUGGCAAAUGCUUUGCAUGGAAAUGAAGCGGAUAAUUUAGCAAUAUCUAUUCAUGGAAGUCACAUCAUCAUACCGGGUUACUAUACAAUGUCAUUGCCUACUCGAGCUUUGCCAUCCAUCAACUAUAUAUUGGAGACUAUUAAUUCUCUUCGUGAUGCGCAAACUGCGUACAACCGUGAUUCUAUCCAUCCUCCACAGACUACGACAUCCGUCCUUGCGGCCAUUGUCCAUCAAGGUCAAGCAGCACGCAUCUUCGAUCCCCGUACUUACAACACUCCGAUCGACCAGGAUCUGACAUUUGACUAUGUCGUAGUUGGAGGUGGCACUGCUAGCCUGGCUUUGGCAGCGAGGCUGGUCGAAGGGUUCUCCCACAGUGUCGCGGUGAUUGAAGCGGGCGGCUUUUACGAGCAAGACAAUGGCAAUUUGAGCGUGGUCCCGGCAUAUUGUCCCUUCUUCGCCGGCACUGAUCCUGAUGACUUCAAUCCACUCGUGGAUUGGGGUUUCGUCACAGAACCUCAGAAGGGCGCCGAGGAUAGACGCAUCCAUUACCCGCGAGGAAAAACACUUGGAGGCUCGUCAGCUAGGAAUUUCAUGUAUCAUCAUAGACCUACCGUUGGCGCUCUCAACAAAUGGGCAGAGGAGGUGGGAGAUGAGAGUUACGCUUUUGACAAUCUUUUCCCAUUCUUUCAGAAGAGUGUACAUUAUACACCUGGAACGGUGCCCUUCACUAACAGCACUAAUACCCAAGAUCCUAAUGCAUGGAGCCCUGCCGGAGGGCCAGUCCAAGUAUCUCACGGCAAAUAUGUCGAACCCUUUGGCACUUGGGUGCAGCCGGCCAUGGAAAGGCUUGGGAUGAAAGCUAUCGAUGGCUUCCAAUCCGGGCGCUUGAUUGGGUCUUCAUACGGUACCUUCACGGUAGACCCUCAAUCAGCACAUCGUUCGUCGUCCGAGACAAGCUAUCUGGCAUCUGUACGCGAUAAGAAGAACUUGAAAGUCUAUCACAAUACCCUUGCCGAGAAGGUUCUCCUUGACAAAACACAGACUGCCACUGGCGUACUUGUGUCGGCAAAGAACAACACUUUCACUCUCAACGCUAAAAAAGAAGUCAUCCUCUCGGCUGGGGCCUUUCAAUCACCCCAACUCCUGAUGCUUUCAGGCAUCGGUCCACGCGAACAACUCGAAAGUCUCAAUAUUCCCGUAUCAAUCGAUCUCCCGGGCGUGGGACAGAACCUUGCGGACCACCCCUUGUUUGGAUCGGAGUUCCGCGUUAACGUCCCCACUAUCUCUGCCUCUCUUAAUAGCCCUGCGCUUAUGGUCGCCGCCCAAGAAGCCUACAACAAUCAUGCCGCUGGCCCACUCACAAUCCCAACCACCGGCUUCAUCGGCUGGGAAAAGAUUCCCUCCCACCUACGUCAAUCGAUGACGGCAGAAAGCCGCAAGGCACUGGACGAGGCCUUCCCUGCAGAUUGGCCAGAACUAGAAUUCCUGCCCGCCAACGCUGCACUUGGUCUUCAACGCAACUACAUGACGGAGGAUCCUGUCGAUGGACACAACUACGCUUGGCUUGGCACCAGCAUGGUUGCGCCCCUCAGCCGAGGAAGCGUCUCAUUGAACUCCUCUCACGCGUCUGACUUACCGAAGAUCGAUCCCAAUUUCUUCGGACAUAAGGCAGACCAGGAAGUCGCGAUCGCGGCGAUCCGACGGCAGCGCGAGAUCUGGCAGGCGAUGCCGGGGGUCACGGUGGGAGAAGAAUAUUUACUUGGUCCAAAGACACAAAGCGAUGAGGAGAUCCUAGCCUUUGUCAAGAAGGCUGUGGCACCGACAUGGCACGCUAGUGGGACUUGCAAAAUGGGCAAGAAGGAAGAUAAGGAGGCGGUCGUGGACAGCGGGGCGAAGGUAUUCGGUACGCGUGGCUUGAGAGUUGUGGAUGCGAGCGCCUUUCCGUUCUUGUUGCCAGGGCACCCGCAGAGCGCAGUCUACGCGUUGGCAGAGAAGAUUGCAGCGGAUAUCCUAAGAGGGGAAGUCAUUGAAGGAAGCUGA